AUGUCUGACUUCUUCAACUCCACCGACCUCGACAAGUACCUCGUCGAAUGGGAGAGCGACUUUCACGCCACUGACAUCGGCUUCAUGGAUCUUGUCGACCCCAUUGGCUACGAGGGUGGCCUCGUUGAUGACAGCGGUCUUGGCCCUGCAGCACCCCUGGAUCCCGCAGAAGAGCAGCGUUCUACCAAGCCCUUCAGCACGCAGGCGGAGUACACCAAGCACAUGAAGGAAGCCCACGACUUUACUCCAUUUCCCUGCAACGUUGCUGGGUGCAUCAAGACUGGUAAGAAGGGCUACAGUCGGGAGAAGGAUCUUAUCAAUCACCGGAAGAAGGAGCACCCCGACGCAAGCCCUUAUGUGCCAGAGCCCAGAGACCUUCGCAUUAGCUGCCGCUUCCCGGAAUGCGGUGCUCUCAUGGCGCCCAACAGCGUUUCGUAUCACUGGCACGAUGGAAAGAGCUGGUUCUGA